AGUCGGGGCGCCCGCAGCGCAGGCUGCCACCCACCUGGGCGACCUCCGCGGCGGCGGCGGCUGGGUAGAGUCAGGGCCGGGGGCGCACGCCGGAACAACUGGGCCGCCGGGCACCGAGCGUCGGGGGGCUGCGCGGCGCGCACCUGGAGAGGGCGCAGCCAUGCGGGCGGCGGCGGCGGCGGGGGGCGUGCGGACGGCCGCGCUGGCGCUGCUGCUGGGGGCGCUGCACUGGGCGCCGGCGCGCUGCGAGGAGUACGACUACUAUGGCUGGCAGGCCGAGCCGCUGCACGGCCGCUCCUACUCCAAGCCGCCGCAGUGCCUUGACAUCCCUGCCGACCUGCCGCUCUGCCACACGGUGGGCUACAAGCGCAUGCGGCUGCCCAACCUGCUGGAGCACGAGAGCCUGGCCGAAGUGAAGCAGCAGGCGAGCAGCUGGCUGCCGCUGCUGGCCAAGCGCUGCCACUCGGAUACGCAGGUCUUCCUGUGCUCGCUCUUUGCGCCCGUCUGUCUCGACCGGCCCAUCUACCCGUGCCGCUCGCUGUGCGAGGCCGUGCGCGCCGGCUGCGCGCCGCUCAUGGAGGCCUACGGCUUCCCCUGGCCUGAGAUGCUGCACUGCCACAAGUUCCCCCUGGACAACGACCUCUGCAUCGCCGUGCAGUUCGGGCACCUGCCCGCCACCGCGCCUCCAGUGACCAAGAUCUGCGCCCAGUGUGAGAUGGAGCACAGUGCUGACGGCCUCAUGGAGCAGAUGUGCUCCAGUGACUUUGUGGUCAAAAUGCGCAUCAAGGAGAUCAAGAUAGAGAAUGGGGACCGGAAGCUGAUUGGAGCCCAGAAAAAGAAGAAGCUGCUCAAGCCGGGCCCCCUGAAGCGCAAGGACACCAAGCGGCUGGUGCUGCACAUGAAGAACGGCGCGGGCUGCCCCUGCCCACAGCUGGACAGCCUGGCGGGCAGCUUCCUGGUCAUGGGCCGCAAAGUGGAUGGACAGCUGCUGCUCAUGGCCGUCUACCGCUGGGACAAGAAGAAUAAGGAGAUGAAGUUUGCGGUCAAAUUCAUGUUCUCCUACCCCUGCUCCCUCUACUACCCUUUCUUCUACGGGGCGGCAGAGCCCCACUGAAGGGCACUCCUCCUUGCCCUGCCAGCUGUGCCUUGCUUGCCCUCUGGCCCCGCCCCAACUUCCAGGCUGACCCAGCCCUACUGGAGGGUGUUUUCACGAAUGUUGUUACUGGCACAGGGCCUAAGGGAUGGGCACGGAGCCCAGGCUGUCCUUUUUGACCCAGGGAUCCUGGGGUCCCUGGGAUGUUGGGCUUCCUCUCUCAGGAGCAGGGCUUCUUCAUCUGGGAGAAGACCUCAGGGUCUCAGAAAGUAGGCAGGGGAGGAGAGGGUGAGGGAAAGGUGGAGGGGCUCAGGGCACCCUGAGGCGGAGGUUUCAGAGUAGACGGUGGUGUCAGCUCCAGCUCCCCUCUGUCGGUGGUGGGGCCUCACCUUGAAGAGGGAAGUCUCAAUAUUAGGCUAAGCUAUUUGGGAGAGUUCUCCCCACCGCCCCUGUACGCGUCAUCCUAGCCCCCCUUAGGAAAGGAGUUAGGGUCUCAGUGCCUCCAGCCACACCCCCUGCCUUCCCCAGCUUGCCCAUUUCCCUGCCCCAAGGCCCAGAGCUCCCCCCAGACUGGAGAGCAAGCCCAGCCCAGCCUCGGCAUAGACCCCCUUCCAGUCCGCCCGCGGCUCGCUUCCCGGGGUUCAUUCCUCAGCCUCUGCUUCUCCCUUUUAUCCCGAUAAGUUAUUGCUACUGCUGUGAGGCCAUAGGUACUAGACAACCAAUACAUGCAGGGUUGGGUUUUCUAAUUUUUUUAACUUUUUAAUUAAAUCAAAGAAAACAAUAAUUGGUUUGGACCAGGUGGUUUCUUUGUCAGCUGGUUCCCAAGAGGUGGGGGGAGAGGGAGGUUUAGAAUGGAGCUUCAAAAAGAAGCCCUUAUCUUAACCCAUGGCCUGGCCACAUAGAACUCCUUGGAAUGCCUAAGAAAAGCAAGGCCUGUGUUUUUGUAGUACAUAGCAAGGGUCACCCUGUCAUUCUGACCGCUAAGUGAGGGAUGGAGAUGGCCGUUCUUUUGUCCCUGAGGAGGAAUGGAGGUGCCAAGUUCCCAGCUUUCUCCUACAGUCAGAAGACUCCCAUGGUCCUGCAGCAGCUCCCCGAGGAGGUCAGGGCCUGAUCAGAGGAGUCCAAGAAGUUGGGGCCACAGGGAACUAUCGUGAAAAGCCUGAGGCCAAAGACGUGUCACUCCUCCCCUUCGGCUUUCACACACCGCGGGCACUGCUCCUUACCUGUCCCUGGUCCAGCAGCAUGAGCAUCACCUGGGAGCUGGUUAGAAAGACAGCAUCUGGCCAGGGGUGCAGUCGCUCAUGCCCAUAAUUCCAGCAGCUUGGGAGGCUGAAGCAGGAGGAUCCCUUAAGCCCAGGAGUUCAAGACCAGCCUGGGCAACACAGUGAGACCCUAACUCAACAACAACAACAAAGAAAUGCAGACCUGCUGUAUCUGAAUCUGCAUUUGAACACAUAAACAUUAGAAUCAUCUAGGGAGCUUUUAUAGAAUCCUGCACCCUACUCUAAUGCAAUUAAAUCAGAAUCUCUA